GAUCAAUGUCAAAGCCGCAGUGGGAGAAGGGAACCCCUGGAAAAAUCUUGGCCUUUGUUCACUUUACAUUCUAGGAGCAGCACGUUAAAUAAUUUCACUUUCUAGGUUGGGGUCUGCAAAAGUAGCUCCAGCCGAUAGCUUAUUGUGAAAUCAAAUGACUCAUUUCCAACAGCCUCCCUGAGAAGUUGGACCCUGCUUGGCCUUGGUUGAGAAAAUGCGUGGAGGAUACUGUGAGACACGCUGAUCUAUACCACCUGUGAUGCAGGCGGAGAUUGGAGGACGGGGUCAUAUGACUGGUCACGUGCUGGAGGCAGCUCAGUCCAAAAGAAAAUGGGGUUUGGUGUAAAUCUGGGGGUGUAAUGUUAUCAUAUAUCACGCUACCUCGUAAAACCGACACUGAAGCCUACCGGACAACAAAUCACAGGUCAAAAUUAUGAGUUCUUCGUAUUAUGUGAAUGCUCUUUUUAGCAAAUAUACGACGGGGGCUUCUCUUUUCCAAAAUGCAGAGCCUACUUCUUGCUCCUUUGCAAGCAACUCUCAGAGAAGCGGCUAUGGACCAGGCGCUAGUGCUUUCACCUCCUCCAUGCCUGGCUUGUACAAUGUGAACAGUACCAUAUAUCAAAACCCGUUCUCUUCCGGAUACAGCCUGGGCUCUGACGCCUACAACCUGCAUUGUUCCUCUUUUGAUCAGAACAUUCCCGUCCUCUGCAAUGAUCUAACCAAAUCCAGCUGUGAGAAAGCGGAGGAAAGCAACCUGCACAGCCAGGCAGAGGCCAAUUUCCGGAUAUACCCCUGGAUGAGGUCUUCAGGUCCAGAUAGGAAGCGGGGUCGGCAGACGUACACCCGCUACCAGACCCUGGAGCUGGAGAAGGAAUUCCACUUCAACCGCUAUCUGACCCGCAGGCGGAGGAUAGAGAUCGCCCAUGCCCUGUGCCUGACGGAAAGGCAGAUCAAGAUCUGGUUCCAGAACCGGCGCAUGAAGUGGAAGAAGGAGCACAAGGAGGAGAGCUCCAGCACCCCGGCACCCAACGACACCACGUCAGCAGCAGCGUCUGUGGAGAAAGUGGAAGAGGAGGAAGAAGAGGAGGAAUAAAAGUCCCAUCCCAUGAAGCAAUCCCAAGUAUUCUGCACGCACGUGACAGUUGUAAAAGCUCCCUUCAAAAAAAAAAAAAGACUCACUCUUUCAUUUUAGAAAUCAGUCCCCUUUUAAUGAGCAUCUUGAAAGCGAGCGUCUGCAGGCAUGAAAGGGCUCCCCGAGUGAUCCCGCCAGCCCCCCGCCUCAGCCCAGCCCCAUUUCCUGUCUAACCCAUUCAAAAUGUCUCAUCAGAUUAUCCUAAAAUCAUCCCGAUCGGGUUGUUUUCGUUUGCCCAAGCCUUGGUGGCUUUGUUUUCCUUUUCUUUUGUUUUUUUUUAAGGGGGUACAUUUGAGGGGGAGAACUCCUACUUGCACAUAUAGACAAGCGUUAAGAUCCAGAAUAACUACCUGGCUCAACUAGUUCCAAUCAGUGGUUAAGGGGUAAGUGCAUUAGGCUCACAAGAAAAAAAAAAAGCCAACAAAAAAACUACCUAAUUUUGAGCAACUAGCUCUGCACUUCCGGUUUCUUUUUUUCCCCCUUUUUAGAGCUCAUAGCUAACACCAACAAAAAAAAAGGUUUAAAAAGCAAGGGAAGAAAAAUCCUGUACCAAUAAUGAAACAGAAACCACUACAGCCUAAAGCAAUGAGUUGUACUACCUAUUUGCCAGACUACCUAUAUCUUGCUCCGCCUACCUAUCUUCUAAAGUAUACUGUAUUUUAGUAAUCAAGAGAAGAUAACAUACUAAUGUGAAUCGCAGAAUGCUUUUAGAAAUCUACAUGUAGUCCUUUGAAAAGCACGCAUCAAUAGCUUUGGUAUAUAAUUUGGUACCGAAAAUGCUGACUAUAUUUAAAUUUAAAAAUAAUAUAUUUAUUCCAAAGCAAUUAUAAAUGGAAACCAUAUGCUGCACCAUAUAUUUCUUCUCUUUUCUUUACUAUUCUGAGAGAAGAAGCAAACACAUGCCAAUGUUGUACAAAGCGGUUUAAUAUCUUGCGUUGGCGUCUACCUUUGAAUUACACUGAUAAAGGGCGUUUUCUUUUCUAGGCUCGUCUCACUUAAUAUAACUGAAAAUGUUGCUUAAAAAGUGAAUUCAAAUGACCAUGUUACCGCCUCUCAAAAAUCCUUUUUGUCCUGGUUAUUAGAAUGUGUUAAUAUGUAAUACCGUGAAUUUUCCUACAAUCCUACAAAUGCUGUAUAUUUGAACCUUUUUUUUUAUCAUUUUUAUUGUCAUAGACCUCAUGUGUAAGAUCAUGUCAUAAAUUGAGAAGUAUGUAAUUAAUUUGGAAACUUUGUAGCAUGACGUAUUGUUAAGAACUCUAUAAAUCCGUCUUGAAGGUUUGGCUAAAGUUUAUUCAUAAAAUUGUAUGUUACAAUGUGUUUCGCUGUGUUCAUUGUGAACAUUUGGAUAUGCCGUGUAAGUAUUGGAAGUGGAAAAAAAAUGUGUGUGAACUCUCUUUGGAAGUGAUUCCGUGUUCAAGUAUCUCCCACGAUAAAUGUGUUUUAUGUUACACAGAAAAUAAAUAUGCUUGUUGACAACGAA